AUUGUUAAAAACAAAAUAAAAUUGACAUUCAACCAAAUUCAUAAUCAUACCAUGUCGCCACGCAUCUUGAUCUUCUCGUGGUUAUGCUCAACAUUCGUAUUUCAAGGACAUGUUGUGCUAACAACUCCCACAGAUAUCCACGACCUGCUUCCUGAGUAUGGCUUUCCAAGGGGUCUUAUACCAAACAACGUGGUCUCCUACGUUCUCUCCUCCGAUGGCUUCUUCAGCAUCCAACUCGAAGAACCCUGCUACGUCCACUUUGACCAUUUGGUCUACUACCAAACCCUAAUCACCGGCAACCUCAGUGACGGCUCUGUUUCCGAUGUGUCGGGGAUCCAAGCCAAGAAGCUCUUCCUCUGGCUCUCUGUCACCGGAAUCAAGGUCCACCACGAUUCCGGCAUGCUUGAAUUCUUCGUCGGAGCAUUGUCACAGAAACUACCCGCGAAGCAGUUCGAGAAUGUUCCUGGCUGCUCUCGCAACAAGGCUAGUAAAGGAUCCCUUGUUUAUCCUAUCUGAAUGAAUGAAAAUUAAU